AUGCCUGGAGAUUUAGGCUGCAUUGAUUUUACAUAUGUGGCAAUGGUCCGUCCUUCACAAAAUGAAGAGAGACAUUACUGUAGAAAACAGUACCUAUCAUUCUUUAAAUGUGCAGUUGAUAUGCAAUAUAGACAUGGAUAUAAUCAGUGUAGACACAAGUUUGGGGAGCUUCACAUGAUGCUUUUAUAUGGGCUAAUCACCCUUUGA